AUGUCCAACCCGGAGUAUGACUACCUGUUCAAGUUGCUCCUGAUCGGGGACUCUGGAGUCGGUAAAUCUUGCCUGCUGCUGCGCUUUGCGGAUGACACCUACACAGAGAGUUACAUCUCCACCAUUGGCGUUGACUUUAAAAUCCGGACGGUGGAGCUGGACAGCAAGGUGAUCAAGCUCCAGAUCUGGGACACGGCGGGGCAGGAGCGCUUCCGCACCAUCACCAGCAGCUACUACCGCGGCGCGCACGGCAUCAUCGUCGUCUUCGACGUGACCGACUCUGAGUCCUUUGACAAUGUCAAGCAGUGGCUGAACGAGAUCGACCGGUACGCCAACGAGAACGUGAACAAGCUGCUGGUGGGGAACAAGGUGGACCUGGUCGGCAAGCGCGCGGUGGACUACGAGACGGCCAAGGCGUUUGCAGACGAGAUCGGGGUGCCCUACAUCGAGACCUCCGCCAAGGCCGCCACCAACGUCGAGCAGGCCUUCAUGACCAUGGCGGGGGAGAUCAAGAACAGGAUGGCGAGGGAGCCGGCGCUGAACAAGCCCGCAAACACGAUCCGGCCCGGCGACGGCAAGUCCAUCGCCGGCAACAAGAGCAGCUGCUGCUGA